CACCAAAACGGUGGACGAAAUUUCGUGGAAUAGAACUUCUAAAACUGUAUUAAUGACUCAUGUGAGCGCGAGUGUAUUCUCGUAUUAUUUUGCGAUAUUCAGUGAAUGGUAGUGGAUCUUACGUUAAAGAGAGAGCGUGAUGUAGCUUAAAAAUACUUACUGUCAGUAGGGCUGUUGGUGUCUUUGGCCUCUGCUAUUGUUUUCUCUCUUAAUACUAAUAUUUUCUAACAUCUGAAAUGCUGUAUUCUAUCCUUACUGAUUCACUAACCAUUUCUGAUGUGGAUGAAGUGAUCCAAUCUCAUUUAAUGGAUCAAUCUGCACAGCCCACUAUGCCCAGUGUUCCGGUACUUCAUUAUACGAAUAAGCCAUAUGUUCGAAUUAUUGAGCAACCUGCUUCACGUAGCUUAAGGUUUCGCUAUGAAUGUGAAAUUGAAGGCAGGUCUGCUGGAAGCAUAGUUGGAGCCAAUAAUACUGCAGAAAAUAGAACAUACCCUACAAUCCAGGUGAUGAAUUAUCAAGGCCCUUACGCUGUAGUUGUAUCUUGUGUAACCAAAGAUGGACCACCAUACAGGCCACAUCCUCAUAACCUUGUUGGCAGAGAAGGUUGUAAAAGAGGUGUUUGUACAUUGUUAGUUAAUAAUGCAGAUAUGACAUGUAGUUUUACAAGUUUAGGCAUACAGUGUGUGAAGAAAAGGGAUAUUGAAAAAUCUCUUAAAGUGCGUGAAGCACAUAAGUUAGAUCCAUUUGGAACUGGCUUUAAUCAUCCCGGAAGUAUUGAUCUUAAUGUUUUGAGACUGUGCUUCCAAGUAUUCAUACGAGGUCCUGAUAAUUCCUACUCUUUGCCCCUACAACCUGUUGUUUCAGAGCCAAUUUAUGACAAAAAGGCAAUGUCUGACUUGACAAUAAUGAAACUGAGCCAUUAUUCAGCACCUGUUACAGGUGGCACUGAAGUUAUCCUGCUGUGUGAUCGUGUUGCAAAAGAAGAUAUUCAAAUAUGGUUUUAUGAAGAACAAGGGUCCAGGAUUGUAUGGGAAAGUCAAGCAGAAUUUCAGCCAAGUGAUGUACAUAAACAGGUAGCAAUAUCAUUUAGAACACCUCGUUACCAUAAUGAAAAUGUGCAGCAACCUGUUCCUGUUUUUGUAGAACUGCGUAAGCCAAGUGAAAACAAGCGGGGUGAACCACGACCAUUUCAGUAUUUACCAAUGGAAAGAGAUCCAGAAGGCCUUGCUCGAAAGAAGUUAAAAGUUGAAGAAAGAAUUGAUCUUGAUAGGUACUUUCAAGGCAGUGUAUUAACUAGUGGAGCAGUAUCUCGAGAACAUCAGAUGCCAAUUGGUGUGCCAAGAACAUCACGGCAACCAGUGCGGCAAAGGAUAAAGGCUGAACCAACUGUUG